AUGAGCAUUUUUCUUGCCUUUCUUUUCAUUUCCACAACCCUCAACAUUAGCUUCUGCGGAGGAAGCUCUUACCGGGGUUGCAUUGAAAUUGAGAGACAAGCUGUUUUAAGGUUCAAGAAAGAUCUGAUAGAUCCUUCCAACCUGCUUGCCUCUUGGACUUCUGGUCAUGCAGAUUGCUGUACAUGGUCUGGCAUUUUUUGUGACAACUUGACGGGCCAUGUCCUUGAACUCAACCUUACAACUCCUCCGUUGAUUUCUAUAGUUGAUUCAACUAUGAGGCCAAGGCUGGGUGGUAAGGUAAAUCCCUCUUUGCUUGAUUUAAAGCAUUUGCGCUCGUUGGACUUGAGCUUUAAUAAUUUUUCUGGAAUUCAGAUUCCUAAAUUUCUUUGUUAUAUGCACAAUUUAAGAUACCUUGAUCUUUCUGCAAAUUCUUUCCAAGGUAUAAUUCCUCACCAGCUUGGAAACCUCUCUAAUCUGCAGUAUCUUGCCCUCGGUUCUGGUUCAGAUGUUGACGAUGUAGGGUGGUUAACUAGUCUUUCUGUUUUAGAGGUUGACAAUUUAGGGUGGUUAUCUAGUCUUUCUUUGUUGAAACACCUUGACUUGAGUGGUGUAAAUCUCAGCGAAUCCUCUGAUUGGCUGCAUGUGAUCAAUACACUCCCUUCUCUAGUAGUGUUAAAAUUGAGUUUUUGUGAAAUCCAUCAUUUUCCUCAACUACCCAUUGUAAAUUUUUCGUUUCUUGAGACCCUUGAUCUGAGUGCUAAUCAUUUUGAAGGUCCAAUUCCUUAUGGACUUCAAAACUUGACUUCCCUUAGAUAUCUUGAUUUAUCUCAAAAUUAUUUCAAUUCUUCAAUACCCAAUUGGUUUUACAGACUUAGCCGUCUCCAGAGACUUUCUCUUGGUAGUAAUUGGUUGAAAGGCACGUUGGGGAUUCUAGGAAAAUCUGACAUCUAUAGAAGAGCUUGA